GGUUCAUCACCGGCGAAAUCCUUUUCUCCGACGUUAUAAUGCCGUUUAAGACGGUGAUAGAAGUGGAGCCUCCGAGUCUGUUACGGUACUUGAUCGGAGCGGCGGUGAUGAUGAUCGGCGUUGUAUUACCCGUUGGUUACAUGAUGUUCCGCAACAAACGCGUCCCCUUCUCGUCUUCGUACUCUAAACAGACGUAGGAACAAAGUUUUGAUAUAGGAAGCCAGAGGCUGUGGUUGAUUUCAACACUAAAUUGAAAAGGAUGAUGACAUAUUGAUGAUUUGGACGACUGUAAAAUUAUGGUGGAAUUCUUGUUUUUACAUGGCUUGUAAGAGAUCUUUCGAUAUCAAAUUCAUAAACCAUAAAAUGUGAGUUCUUUU